AUGGCUCAUGAAGCUGGUGUUCAUAUUUUUAGUAUGAGUCUUUCAUCUAUCCAGCCAUGGGCUGCACCUAUAACAAUUGAAAGCAAAUUGUUAAAAGAUAUUGUUAAUAGUGGUAUCAGUGGUAACAGAGUACUUGUUUCUGCUGGUUAUAAGGUAUUUAGAGGUGCUUACACCUUGACCAUGGUACUUAUACUUUAA